GAAGCAAAAGCAGCAAACGCAUGCUUGAGCUUCUGCUUUUGAGACCCAGCUGCAUACUUUUCGCUGAACCAAAAUCUCUAGAUUCUUCUUUGUCGAUCCUAGCUAGUGUGCUGCGCAAAAUGGGAAGGGCUCCAUGUUGCGAUGAGAUCGGCGUGAAGAAGGGCCCAUGGACACCUGAGGAGGACAAGUUGCUCGUCGAAUACAUCCAGAAGAACGGCCACGGGAGCUGGCGGCAUCUGCCGAAGCUGGCGGGGCUGAACCGGUGCGGCAAGAGCUGCAGGCUCCGGUGGACGAACUACCUCCGUCCCGACAUCAAGAGAGGGCGGUUCGCCGAAGAAGAAGAGAAGCUCAUAAUCCACCUCCACUCCCUUCUCGGAAACAAGUGGUCGUCGAUUGCGGCGAGACUACCAGGAAGGACCGACAACGAGAUCAAGAACCACUGGAACACGCACCUGAGGAAGAAGCUCCUUCACAUGGGCAUCGACCCGGUGACGCAUAAGCCGAGGACCGAUCUAAACCUUUUUACGUCGAGCCUCAAUUUGAUCAAACUACAGGCAGAUGCUACGCAUUUGGCGAAGCUGCAAUUGGCGCAGGGCCUGCUUCAGGUCCUGACCACCACUGCUACUACUACUAGCAACUCAAACCCUAACAUGGACUUGGUGGGUCUCAUGGGAUUGCUGAGCUCUUUAAGAAACUAUGAGGGCUUUGUCAAUAGUAAUAACUCUAGUCCUCAUGGUAUUCAAGGUUCGCAUUCUUCGCUCUCGAGCUUGCCGAACAUGGGUUUUGAGAAUCAAAUUGGCGAGUUUCAAGCGCCGAUCGAUCACGGUCCUAGUCCGCACGAGCUUCGUGUCGAGAGUAAUGGCGCUAGCAAAAAUUUGUACACAAGCUCGACGAUGAAUUCGAAUGCAAUGCCGCCUUUAGUUUCAGCUACUAACUCAGAGAAUGCGCAAAUGUACGCGUCGAACUCGGGCGGUAGCGUGCCCCUGAGUUCGCCAUCCUCGACGCUGUUCGAUGCUUGGGAGGGACUCAAUCUGGAGGAUCUGAACAAUGACUUCGGUUUGAAAGAUAUGUUAGAGCAAAUAUCAUCUUCAUCAUCUCUACACAGUUAUUAGGAGGAGGCAUGCAAUUCAUGGAUGUGGUUGAUGCACACUUGGAAGUUCAUUUGAACAGUUGAAGCUUGAUAAUGACUCUCUUUGUAUAUUUUGUGAACAUUUUGUGAUCAUGUACAAAACAAAAUACUCAGUGAUGUAUGAUGUUUAUGAGAUUUUUUUUUUCCCCC